AUGCGCAUCUUUCUUGAACAAGACACACUGGGACCAGCUCCGAUGGAAGAAUCAUAUGGGACCAUUGUCCAGAAAGUAUACGAGGCUGAUGCGAUGUUCGUCCCAAAAAAACAGCACGCACUCGGACCAGUCGCAGGAUGCCAAAAAGGAUUCGGCGACUUCUGGAAAAAAGGUCCGAACUUUUUUCCAGAAAGAACACUAUGCGUGCCUACAUUCAAACCCAGCGUCCUCGUCACAUCCACUCUUGUCAAGGCGGAACAGCGAACAGCCUCUAACCGACUUGGUCUUCACGGUGAAGGGCAUUCGUCAACUCUUGCACAAGAUCAACCCAUCCUGCGCGUUGGGGCCCGAGGAAUUCCAUCCAAGGAUCCUGGUGGAAACGCCCUCCACGCUGGUUCUAUUAUUCUCUCUGUAUCUUGUCCAUCCUGGUGUCGAACCAACAUUUCGUUUGUCAUAUGCACACUAAUGGAUACCUCAAUGGAUGAUUUGUUUGCGGAUAUGGAUCGUUCUAACCAGGCUGCAGUUGAAAUGGACCACCCAGUGAAAGAAGACACUUCGGAAAAUUAUUUUUUCCGUCGUUUCCGUGCCUUUGAUGAAGAAAUCAAAAUUAAAAUCUGGAGACACGAAGAUCUAUCGAAUGCACUGGUGUACGAAAUUUCCAUGAAUUACCAUAAUGCGACCGUUGGCCAACCCCUUCAGUUUGUCUCCCCAUGGUGCUCGUUGUUUUCAGGUUCCUCAGCGAAACUUUAUCCCAGUUGGCCUCCUGUACAACCCUGUGCCCUCGUUUGUAAAACCAAUUUUCAUGUGGACCAGAACAAGGUAUCUUUGCCGGUGUUUCCUCUUUCAAGUCGAUGGCAAAACCUCUUCAGAUUACAUCUCCAAGCUGGCAGCGAUUCGAUCCCGGUGGUUUGGCUAAUUUCCUUCUCGAAUGGUGCAGUUUACUACUUCGUGCGCGAUGCGGAAAUCCGCUAUGCCCUUCUGUUUUCACCACCGUGUUGUGAACCCAUGUCUUUAUGGUCUGUCAUCGAGAGCCCAAUCAUGACGAGAACUUCAUCAACCUUGCCUUCUCCAGCUCCGAACGAUCUUGUGGUCGCUUUGAGUGGAUCUGGGUGUGGCGCAGCGAUAUGGCUCUGUUCCGAGGACAAACAUACAAAACAAAUGUCUAGUGUCGGCUCCCCAACGGACUGCAGUUCUGAUGCUGAGGAGGUUACUUUCUAUGGAGAGCUAUCCGGGCUCAUUCGUAAAGCAAAAAGCACUGACACUGUGAUCCUUACAGGCGAUAUGCAUGCUCAAUUAGGCCGUCUCAGCUUCCUGGAAUCACAUUUGGGCGGUCGAUUCGCAGACGGUGCUCGCCGCACAGACAACGGAGAUCUACUCCUUCAGUUGUGUGCUGACCAUGAACUGUUUUAUCGGCCGCCAACUGCAAAUCAACCGUGGAACCAGUUGAACCACGUGGCCGUCAGCCAUCGGUUGAGAGCCAUAAUUCAAGACUGUCGUUCCUCCUGGGGCACACCACUUGAUUCCGAUCACACCAUGCGGCGUUGUCUUCUCUUUCAUCCUGAUUGUAGUGAAUUACGAGUAACUGAUUUUCGCACCCCAGUUGCUCCAAGUCCUGUCUGUGAUAUCCAAACACAUGGCUCUUGGCUUCAUCUCGUAACAACAAGCGGCCACGUAUUAUCACUACACAUCAGUUGCUGCCGAGGAGGUGCUUCUCAGACAGGUGAUGAAUGGCGACUUAUCUGCCAGCCAGGCAACUUCCCUCGUGUUCCCACCCAUAUGAUUCCAGCAAUAAGCGCGACAGAUCAGUUACAACUUGUACCCAAGUGGCGGUAUUUCGACCUUCGUGGAUUCGUGCGAAUGUCGGACGGUCAUUUGGGUGGAAGGUUAUCUACCGGUGAGAAGAUUCGGUUGGUUGAUUUACUUUGUGGAAACGAGACUGCAGAACCUCAAGGCAACGGGUACUUGGGCUCACUAAACAGCACUGUCAACACGCUUAUCAACGUUCACUGCCGUCUCAGAGCGUAUCGGGCACUUUUACAACUCUUGGGUUUUCUUGACGUGGAUGAUCUAUCCCCCAAACUAUCUACUGGUCCAGAAGCACCCUUAAGGCGUUUGGUCAGUGUGAAAAUGCAAACAUCGUUGGUCACCAACGCUCCCGUUAGCUCCAUUGAGGAUUCUCCUUUCGAGCUGUCUGCCAUUGUGUCCUUAGAGGCUCCACCAGCGCAGAUGAAUAAUUCCCUGACACCCGCGACCCCACUGCAAUCCCUUUCGGCAGAGGAAUUGGCCUCAUUGCUGUUGCAUCCCGAAUCUCGAACCUCAUCAUUUGAACGUGAAUUAUUUUUGGUGAUGAGGUUGACUCCGUUGACUUUCUCCGCCAUGGAAAACCAUCUCAAACAAGACAGCACAGGCCUACCUAUUUUCACCUAUUCGGAGCCCUGGUUCUCAAGUUGCCACCAGUGGACCAGAGUCGACACCUCGAAAUCCCAUGUAUUCAGGAGACAAAUGAUACUUCCUUCAAACUGGCAUACCUGUAUCAAAUCGUCGAAGAGUCCCAAACUAUUUGACGCCCUUCGACUGGAUGUGUCCCUAGAACUGUUACCUCCCAGUUUACCUACUUCGUUGUUCACCGCUGAUUUAUGUGGACAAAUGAAGCGACCUGUCGAAAACUCGUGUGUAAUAAAUGCACCACCCUUGCGUACCAGCAUUGGUGACUUUCAUCUAGACCGGAUUUUAUGGCUAUACCCACUCGAUCAGAUACCUCGAGUUAGACAGAAGCUUGGUCAGGAGUCCGAAUAUCCGAGUCCAUCUUCGUUAACGUUAGCGUACUCAGUCGACUCAUUACAUCCUCUCAAGUCGUUGUUUUCCGAUAUAUGCAAAUCAUGUCCGCAUGCUUCGCUUGUGUCGCUGUCAAAAUAUGACUCAAACGGCUUAAGCGAUAAAGAAGUGGAGUCCGCAAUUCAUUUAAAUGAACAGCUGAUUUCAUACUUCGUUCCAACGGAACAGUGUGUCGUGUUCUCAUGGAGGUAUGUCACUUCCCACGGACCUGAAAGGCCCACGAAAUUGUCGAUCGAGCUGUCCGUUUCGGCCAAAUGUUCCUAUACCCUUUGGCUAGUUCACGAAAGUCUUCAGCGACGCCUUCAGCCUUCAGUGACAAAAGUUCGGGAUCCAUCACUUCCUUCCGUUGAGGUUUUGCGCCAAGAAUACUCCGUUCUCAAGAGCAUGGAAGACUCACUAAAACAACGCUCCUACUCUUUGAAUGAUGUAGACAACCUCAAAAAAUUCCGUACACUCUUGCAGGUGUUCUCUACCGUGAGAAACACCACUACUGUUCGUUCCAUGCUGAGUCGUACACCUGCUUAUUUGGCUAUGACUACAGAACCGUGAAUUUCUACCCUACAGAUCGCA